AUGGCUAGUAUGUUUGUUACAAGAGUGAUUCCAAGAGUUCCCAAAGUCCCAAUUCUUAUGCCUUGUAGGUUUUCUCGGCAAAGACUACCACCUGAAUACAGAAAGCAGUAUUUAGAAAAAAUAAGCAAUGAGGCUCUAGAUAAAUAUCGAAAAUCGGACUUUGUUGCGUAUCCUGCCCUAAAAACCCAAAGGUUAUGGGAAGUCCAACCACAAGAACCAAAAAAGGAGACGAAGUAUGUCAUGUAUUUUGUAUCGGUUCUGUUAAAUUCUUCAAUAACAAUAUCAAUUAUCGGUCAGAAAUCUUUUACGUCGACCAUAGUAUAG